ACAGACAGCCUGCCUCUGCCUCUGUGCCCAGCAGCCAGCCAAGACACAUUGUGUCUGCUGCCUUCAACUUGUCCAGGCCGGGCAAGAACACGGCCCAGCCGACAAAGCCCUCGCUCUCCAGCGUGAUUGCGCCCACACUCUUCUGUGCGUUUCUUUACUUGGCUUGUGUCACUGCUGAACUUCCAGAGGUGAGCAGAAGGAUGGCCGCCAGUGGAGUCAGAAGCAAGGAAGGACGCAGGGAGCAUGCCUUCGUCCCAGAGCCUUUCAAUGGUACUAACGUAGCUCCCAGUCUUUGGCUGAACCGCUUUGAAGUCAUCGAUGACCUCAACCACUGGGACCAUGCCACCAAACUGAGGUUCCUGAAAGAGUCCCUCAGGGGAGAUGCCCUGGAUGUCUACAACGGACUCGAUUCUCAGGCCCAGGGCGAUUACAAUACUGUGAAGGAAGCCCUCCUGAAGUCCUUCGGGGGCCUUGGGGCAGCCCACAAUAAGCCCAAAGAGAUUGUGUUUGCCAACAGUAUGGGUAAGGGCUACUACCUUAAAGGGAAGAUCGGUCACGUGCCUGUGAGGUUCCUGGUGGACUCUGGGGCUCAGGUGUCUGUGGUUCACCCAGCCUUAUGGGAGGAGGUCACUGACGCUGACCUGGAUACCCUUCGUCCCUUUGACAAUGUGGUCAAAGUGGCCAACGGGGCAGAGAUGAAGAUCUUGGGUGUGUGGGACACAGAAGUGGCCUUGGGCAAGCUGAAGUUGGAGGCCCACUUUCUGGUGGCCAAUGCAAGUGCAGAGGAGGCCAUUAUUGGUACCGACGUGCUGCAGGACCACAAUGCCGUGCUGGACUUCGAACACCGCACCUGCACCCUGAAGGGGAAGAAGUUCCGCCUGCUUCCUGUCGGGGGCUCCUUGGAGGAUGAGUUUGACCUGGAGCUCAUUGAGGAGGAGUCUUCUGCCCCAGAGGCCUCCCACUAAGAAACCUCCCUUCCUUGUUCCCAGCAUUGGCAGGGAGACCUUGUGUUGGGGGAAGCAGAUGUUGGGGUUUUGUGGGGCCUUGCCAGUCUUUACACUUGUUCUCAGUUUCCCUCCUUCUACAGAGGACUUGCCUUGCCUCUGUCUGGGGAGGGAAGCCAGCUUGGUGGCCUAAAGCAGUGCCCCCAGAGUCUUCAAAGACUUCUAAGGCUGGCAGAAGCUUCUAAGGAGGUUAGGAAUAUCUAUCUUGAGAGAGAGCUGGGGACCUUUUUAGAUGCCCUCAGUCACUUUCACAUCCACAAGCCUGCUGAGCUGAGCCUGGUUCCUGGCUAAGCCCCUCGAGAUGCAGAUCCUUGGAGGAGACUGGCAGCUGCUCUGGAGUCAGUCCUCCCACCGAGUCCUCCCACCUGCACAAGGAUGCUCCCGCCUGUCACUUGCCUUGAAUCUCACGGAGCCUGUGUCAAUAAUUCAAUUAUUUCAAAACACCAAUAAAGAUCUGUUCAUGGAAAAA